AUGCCAACCCUCACCUCCGAUGCCAUUAUUGCGUCCCCUAGGUGGGGCGUCCCCUUCUGCGGCGGCCGCUCGUCAGGCGGGGCGCGCACUCGCCGCCCGCCGUCGUCCGCCGGCCAAGGGCACGGCUGCGGAUGGCCGCCGCUGGACCGCGUGGCCGGCUGGGUCGGCGGCGGCAUCGCCGCGGUGUUCUUCGCGUCCCUGGAGCGGUGCUCGUGCGUCAACGUGCGCACGCACGACGACCUCCUCGACGACGAGCAGAGGGACUCGGAGGCGCCGCUUAUGUUCGACGACGGCAACUGUAACUCCACGCCCGGGGCCACCGGCGGCGUGGAGAGGAGAGGAGCCAGGAGGAGCGGCAAGGGCAUGAGGACUGGAAGUGGGGAUUUUUAG